CACGGUGAUCGGCAGCGCACGCUGCCAGGAUUUCCGCACGCGCGAGGGACGGCUCCGCGCCGCCCGSAAUUUGGUGAAGCGCGGCAUCACCAACCUGUGUGUGAUUGGCGGUGACGGCAGCCUCACCGGGGCCGACACCUUCCGGGCAGAAUGGGGGUCCCUGCUGCAGGAGCUGCUCAAAAACGGUGGCAUCAGCACGGAGGAGGCACAGCGCUCGAGCCACCUGAACAUUGUGGGCAUGGUGGGCUCCAUUGACAAUGACUUCUGUGGCACUGACAUGACCAUCGGCACCGACUCAGCGCUGCACCGCAUCAUGGAGAUCGUGGAUGCCAUCACCACCACAGCACAGAGCCACCAGAGGACAUUUGUGCUGGAGGUGAUGGGGCGCCACUGCGGGUACCUGGCACUAAUCACAGCCCUGGCAUGUGGUGCCGAUUGGGUUUUCAUCCCCGAGUCCCCCCCUGAGGACGACUGGGAGGACCACCUGUGUAGGAGGCUGAGCGAGGCCCGUGACGGCGGCUCCCGGCUCAACAUCAUCAUCGUGGCCGAGGGUGCCAUCGACAAACAUGGCAAGGCCAUCACUGCUGAUGACAUCAAAGCUCUCGUGGUCAAGCGCCUGGCCUACGACACGCGAGUGACCAUCCUGGGCCACGUCCAGCGUGGGGGGACCCCUUCGGCCUUCGACCGCAUCCUGGGCAGCAGGAUGGGCGUGGAGGCAGUGAUGGCUCUGCUGGAGGCAACUCCGGACACCCCGGCCUGUGUGGUCAGUCUGUCCGGGAACCAGGCCGUGCGCCUGCCCCUGAUGGAGUGUGUGCAGGUGACCAAGGAUGUCACCACGGCCAUGAAUGAGGGACGCUUCGAGGAUGCGCUGAAGCUGCGUGGCCGGAGUUUCCAGAACAACUGGAAUGUCUACAAGCUGCUGGCUCACAUCCGCCCACCCCCCACCAAGAGCGGGUACACAGUGGCCGUGAUGAACGUGGGUGCCCCUGCGGCCGGGAUGAAUGCYGCCGUGCGCUCCACCGUCCGCAUCGGCCUCAGCCACGGCCACCGGAUGCUGGCGGUGCACGACGGCUUCGAAGGGCUGGCCUUUGGGAUGGUGGAGGAGAUCRGCUGGGAUGCCGUGGGCAACUGGACAGGGCUGGGAGGAUCCAAGCUGGGCACCAAGAGGACUCUGCCUAAGAAAUAUUUUGAGGAAAUCAGUGCCAACAUCAGCAAAUUCGGGAUCCACGGGCUGAUUGUCAUUGGGGGCUUCGAGGCAUUCAUGGGGGGCCUGGAGCUGGUGCAGGGCCGGGCGAAGUUUGAGGAGCUCUGCAUCCCACUGUGUAUCAUCCCCGCCACCGUCUCCAACAACGUCCCCGGCUCUGACUUCAGCAUUGGUGCUGACACCGCCCUCAACACCAUCACCACGACGUGUGACCUAAUCAAGCAGUCAGCUGCGGGCACCAAGCGCCGCGUGUUCAUCAUCGAGACCAUGGGUGGCUUCUGUGGCUACUUGGCCACCAUGGCCGGGCUGGCAGCCGGUGCAGAUGCYGCCUACAUCUACGAGGAGCCCUUCAGCAGCCGUGACCUGCAGGCCAACGUGGAGCAUCUGACAGAAAAGAUGAAGACCACAGUGAAGAGGGGCCUUGUGCUCAGGAAUGAGCGCUGCAACGAGAACUACACCACGGAUUUCAUCUACAACCUCUACUCUGAGGAGGGUAAGGGUGUCUUUGACUGCCGGAAAAACGUUCUGGGCCACAUGCAGCAGGGAGGCAGCCCCACCCCCUUCGACCGGAAUUUCGGCACCAAAAUGGGUGCCAAGGCUGUGGCCUGGAUCACCGGGAAGAUCAAGGAGUGCUCCCGGCAUGGCCGGAUCUUCGCCAACACGGCUGACUCCGCCUGCCUGCUGGGGAUGCGCAAGCGCAGCCUCCUGUUCCAGCCCAUCGCCGAGCUCCAGGAGCACACAGAUUUCGAGCAUCGCAUUCCCAAGGAGCAGUGGUGGCUGAGGCUACGGCCCAUCCUCAAAAUCCUGGCCAAGUACAACAUCGAGCUGGACACGUCAGAAAAGGCACACCUGGAGCACCUCUCCCGCAAGGUGCUGGUCCCCGAGGSCACUGUGUGACAGGGAUGGCAGCCACUGCCACCUCCAGUCCAGAGGAAUCCCAAAAUUCCCCCUUUUCCRUUGGGGSAAGGGGGGUAAUUUUGGGGGGCUGGUGUAGGGUUUUUUGCAUUUUUGAGAAGCGGCUCCCGAGCGCUGUUGUAAUGAGCGG